GUAAUUAGAAUGGCUUCAUGUAAAUGUGUUAAUAGAAAUGAAACAAAAAUUCCAUUUUCGUUGGAUUAUUGCCAUGUAAACAGGGCCUAACUUACAACAACCAGGCAAUGUUACAUUUAUUUAACAAUUUGUUAAAGCUAUAUGUGUGACCAGAGGUAUGUACCCAAGCAUCUGGCAGCUAUUCUGCUUGAGCAGAAACCAGUCAAACAGGCUUGGAAGACGAUGGGACUAGCAAAACUUGAAUUGCCUUCUCCGUCGAACUACCUCAAGAAAAACGCAAAGCGCCCCAAAGCUCCUGAGAGGACAGGGACUGAAGGCAUCCAUAAAACCAGUACGAUCACUAAAGUAAGGCCACCGCUCCAUAUACUGGCCAACCAACCACUGACUCCAAUCAAGAGAGAUCUCUUAGCUGAUGUGAAGCCUAAGCCCUCUCGUGUAGACUUUGCACAGGCACACAAAGAGCUUCUCCAAAGCGCUGGACUUAGCCCCAAAUAUAUCAUAAAAAAGGAUUAUGGUCAGGUACCCACAUACUUACAACAGCGCCGUGCAGCUGAACAGCAGGCUAGGGAUGACCAGGCGAGACUUGAAAAGGAGAUGCAGGCCACACGACAAGUGUCAGAGGAAGAGCGAAAAGCUACCAUAGAGGGCUUGAAGAAGAAAUGGCAUGAAGUGCAUCAUGAAUAUCAGGGCCUUCCUUUCAUCCUGUACACCCCAUCGCAGAAAGCCCGCAAGAUCCACAUGGAGGAGCAACUGACUGAACUAGAGAAGCAUAUAAGACUGCUUGAAAAGUUCAAAACCAUCUACAUUUCUGAUGCAGAUGCCAAUGGAUGUCCUUAACCCCUGAGACUCCAGAUAUCAUACAUAAAAAAAAUAAAAUGU